CACGGACGUUAUGUCCGUGUCGGUGGACAUACGUGGCAAAAGAGACGCUGGCACCACUCACUCAAAACCUCUGGAUUUCACCGCUGCUUCAAUAAAGCUUAAUGUCAAAUACAACCACGUCCACUGUCACUCACUUCCUCUUCGACUUUAACGACAUGUUGGUGAGAUCUCAUCAUGCUACUAGCUUAGCGAGGCAUUUGUUUACGUUUUACUUCUGCGCCUGCCAAAAAGCAGGAUGUGAUGUCGCAAAGAGCUGUCAAUUGUCGUAAAAUACUUCGUUUUCCGGCUACUUUUCACAGACAUGGCCUCAGCUCCAGCACAGCAGCCUACCCUCACCGUUGAGCAGACCAGAGUGGUACUGAGCGAGGUGAUCCAGGCCUUCUCGGCACCAGAAAACACUGCGAGGAUGGAGGAGGCUCGAGAAAGUGCCUGCAACGACAUGGGCAAGAUGUUGCAGCUUGUGCUCCCUGUGGCCACCCAGAUUCAACAAGAGGUUAUCAAAGCUUAUGGCUUCAACAAUGAGGGAGAGGGUGUCCUCAAAUUUGCCAGAUUGGUGAAGAUGUAUGAAACCCAGGACCCUGAAAUUGCAGCCAUGUCAGUUAAGCUGAAGUCUCUCCUCCUGCCACCACUGUCAACACCACCUAUAGGAGGUGCCAUUCCAGCUUCAUAGGACUUCUUUACAUUCAUUGGUCAACUGCAAGGUUACUUUCAUCUAAUUCUUUUGUUCAAUAUGAACAGUCUUGUCGAUCAUAUACUCUUCCUGAGAAAUAUUGGGACAAAUUAUAGUUUCAAACUCAAUACACUAAAACGUUCCAACAAAGAUGAAACUUGCCUUAUCUGCAUUAAGGUUUAAUUUAAAACAUCCUUGCAACAUUGUUAAAUUAUUGCCUUUAAAAUGUUUCAGUAUUUAUUUGUUGCAUUAUGACAUUUUUCUCAUGUCGUUGAACCUUAAACAUUUCCUUUAAUGCCAUCUUGUUUUCAAUUUUAAUUAUACCAUUUUUAUAUGCUGUCAAAUGUAUCAAAUGUCAUUCUUCUGUUAAAUAUUAAAAGGUUUUCUGUGAA